CCCUCUGCGCUAUCCGCCCGGGGCAGGGCUGGAAGCCGGAAGCGGCCGUGUGGGAGCUAACUCGGGACUCAGCCGAGGUGAAACCAGGGGCGCGCCCUCGCUGUGCCCCCAGCCCGGGCACGAGCCCUCCGCGAAGGCCGGAGCCAUGGGGGCUCCGCGCCGCCGGCCGCGCGCGUCCCGCGGGCCCCCGCCGGUGCCGUCGCUCCUGCUUCUCCUCCUGCUCCUGUGCGGCCCGGGCCUGGGUCGCGCCUCCCUGAGGCUCUUGGACCACCCGGCGCCCGUGUGCACCCAGCAGGGGCUGAACUGCACAGUCAAGAACAGUACCUGCCUAGACGACACCUGGAUCCACCCUCGAAGCCUGACCCCCUCGCCCCCCAAAGACGUGCAGACCCAGCUGCGCUUUGUCCACACGCAGCAAGGACACCUGCUCCCCGUGGCUCACAUCGAGUGGACGCUUCAGACAGACGCCAGCAUCCUCUACCUGGAGGGAGCGGAACUGUCCGUCUUGCAGCUGAACACCAACGAACGUCUGUGUGUCAAGUUUGAGUUUCUGUCCACACUGAAGCAUCAUCACAAGCGGUGGCGUUUUGCCUUCAGCCACUUCGUGGUGGAACCCGGCCAGGAGUACGAGGUGACCGUCCACCACCUGCCUAAGCCCAUCCCUGACGGGGACCCAAACCACCAGUCCAGAAACUUCCUGGUGCCCGGCUGCGAGGACCCCAGGAUGAAGAUGACCACGCCCUGCGUGAGCUCAGGCAGCCUGUGGGACCCCAGCAUCACUGUAGAGACCCUCGAGGCCCACCAGCUGCGGCUGAGCUUCACGCCGUGGAACGAGUCCACCAAAUACCAGAUCCUGCUGGACAGCUUUCUACCCGCGGAGAACCGCAGCUGCUUCCGGCGCGUCGUGGAUCUGGACGUGCCUGCAGAGGAGGCUACCCGGCAGUGCUGCAACGUCACGCUCACCCUGCCAGACUUCAGCUGGUGCUGCCGUCACCACGUGCAGAUCCAGCCCUUCUUCAGCAGCUGUCUCAACGACUGCCUCCGACACUCGGCGGCCGUGCCCUGCCCAGAGGUCCCGCACGCCCCAGACGCCGUUGAAGACCACAUGCCCCUGUGGGUGUCCAGGUGCAUCCCCGGCCUCUCCAUCCUGCUCGUGGGUUCCGUCAUCCUGCUGACCAUCUGCCUGGCCUGGCGGCUACCGGGGUCCCAUCACAGAAAAUACGAAAAUGGCACCAAAUGCACAGACGUCCUGCCCGCUGCCACCAGCCUGAGCCCCCCACCCCUGAAGCCCAGGAAGGUCUGGAUCGUUUACUCGGCUGAUCACCCCCUCUACGUGGACGUGGUCCUAAAGUUCGCCCAGUUCCUGCUCACCGUGUGCGGCACCGAAGUGGCCCUCGACCUGCUGGAGGAACAGGCCAUCUCGGAGGCGGGGGUCAUGACCUGGGUGGGCCGCCGGAAGCAGGAGGUGGUGGAGGGCAACUCCAAGGUCAUCGUCCUGUGCUCCCGAGGCACCCGGGCCAAGUGGCAGGCCAUCCUCGGCUGGGAGGACGCCACCGUCCAGCUUCGCUGUGACCGCAGGAAGCCCGCGGGGGACCUGUUCACGGCGGCCAUGAACAUGAUCCUGCCGGACUUUAAGAGGCCGGCCUGCUUCGGCACCUACAUCGUCUGCUACUUCAGUGACAUCAGCUGUGAGGCCGACAUCCCCGAGCUCUUCAACAUCACCUCCUGCUACGCGCUCAUGGACAAGUUUGAGGAGGUCUACUUCCGCAUCCAGGACCUGGAGAUGUUCGGGCCGGGCCGCAUGCACCGCGUCGGGGCGCUCACGGCCCAGAACUACCUGCAGAGCCCCGGCGGCCAGCAGCUCCACGAGGCCGUGCAGCGCUUCCGCCGCUGGCAGGCCCAGCGCCCCGACUGGUUCAAGCUCGAGAGCCUCUGCCCGGCAGACGACCAGGACCUCCCGUCCCUGGACGAGGAGGCCUUCGAGGAGCCGCCGCCGGGAGGAGGGAUCGUCCGGCAGGAGCCGCUGGUGCUGGAACCCGCCUCCCAGGGCAGCCUGCUGGUGGAGCUGCUCCUCGCGGGGGAAGGAGGGGGCCCGUCGCGGCUGGAGCCCCAGCCUUGGCCCCAGGAGCAGCAGGCGGCCCAGACGCUCCAGACCACGGUGGUCCCGGUGGACGGGGCCCCUCCGGCGCAGGCGGUGGAGCCCAUCCUUCGGGCCGUCAGGAGCGGUGCCGCCAGCCGGCUGGCCCUGGUUGGGGGAAACGAGGCCUGCCCGCUUCUGGGCGGCUGGGGCCCUGGGCGGAACAGCAUCCUCUUCCUCCCCAUGCACCCCGAGGACCCGCCCGUCUGCAGCAGCCCCACGGGGCGGCCAGACGGCUCCAUGCUGCCGUCCCUGCAGCAGAGCCCGCGCUGCCAGGAUGUGCGCACGCCCCCUGGGGCGGAGCAGCGGCGGUCUGUGCAGUCCGACCAGGGCUACAUCUCCAGGAGCUCCCCGCAGCUCCCGGACGACGACGACGGGGACCGGGAUGGGGGGCCGGGCGGGCAGCCACUGUGUCCCGAGGGCCUGGAGAGCCUGCGGAGCCUCCAGCUGCUGCUCUUCCUCCAGGAGCUUCGCAAGAACCCUGGCCUGGAGCCCAAGGGGCCGCCGCGUGGGGCCUCCCCUGCCCAGGGUGGUGAGCACGUGUGUCCGUAGGUGUGCACAUGUGGACAUGUGUAUGCUCAUGUGUGAGAUGUGUACCUUUAAAACGUAAACAUCUUGGGGCUUCCCUGGUGGCGCAGUGGUUGAGAGUCCGCCUGCCGAUGCAGGGGACGCAGGUUCGUACCCCAGUCCGGGAGGAUCCCACAUGCCGCAGAG